AUGCCUGGCCGACCGACAACGACUUCUGCCCCUGCAGAUAUGGAGGGAAUUGCUGUCAUAGGAAUGGGAUGUCGAUUCUCUGGAGGAGCAACCUCCGUUGAGAACUUCUGGCAGAUGCUAUGCGAUGGGCGCACUGGGCAUGGAACAGUUCCCACGAGCCGAUAUGAAGCUUCGGCCUGGCAUCACCCCAGCUAUGAACGCAAAGGAGCGAUCAAUCAUGAUAGCGGAUUUUUCUUGCAGGAAGACCCAUCACGAUUUGAUGCUCCGUUUUUCUCUAUCACAGCCAAAGAGGCGGCGGGCAUGGACCCAGCACAGCGUUUGUUACUCGAAGUCGCAUAUGAAACAUUCGAAAACAGCGGAAUACCAAUAGACACACUUCCAGGGAGUAACACAGCAGUGUACUCCGGCUCAAUGACCAAUGAUUACGAGCUAUUGUCGACAAGAGAUAUCUACGAUAUGCCUCACAACUCAGCUACUGGUAAUGGAAGGACUAUGCUGGCCAAUCGUUUGUCGUGGUUCUUUGAUCUCCAAGGCCCGAGUAUCAUGAUGGACACUGCUUGUUCCUCGAGUUUGACUGCGGUCCAUCUAGCAGCCCAAUCCUUGCGAUCUGGAGAGUGUGGAAUGGCCCUGGUAACCGGAGCCAGUCUUAUCUUGCACCCUAAUUUUACACAAAGACUCUCCUACAUGCACAUGAUGAGUGCAGAUGGAAUAAGUCAUUCAUUUGAUGAGUCUGCAAAUGGAUAUGGCCGGGGAGAGGGCAUCGGUGCUGUGCUUUUGAAACCCCUCAGCGCCGCAUUGGCCGAUGGAGAUAACAUUCGAGCCGUCAUUCGCGGCACAGGAAUUAAUCAGGAUGGUCGUACUCCUGGAAUUACACUGCCGAGCCCAACGUCUCAAGCCAACUUGAUUCGUUCGGUUUAUGAACGCCAUGGCAUCUCAAUGAGAGACACUUCCUACUUUGAAGCCCAUGGCACUGGAACUCCGGUCGGGGAUCCCACAGAGCUGUCUGCUGUCGGAAUGACUUUGGGUCAGGCACGAACACCGACUGAUGAGCCAAUAUACGUAGGCUCAGUGAAGACGAAUUUUGGUCACACCGAAGGAGCCGCAGGAGUGGCGAGCUUGAUCAAAGUUGUUCUAUGUUUAGAAAAGGGCACUUUGGUGCCAAACGCAGGGUUCAAAAACAUCAAUCCCAAGAUCCGGCUCGAUGAUUGGCGUUUACGCCUGAGCGACAAAACGAUGCCCUGGCCGGACCAUCUUCCACAGCGGGCUAGUAUCAACUCAUUUGGAUUCGGUGGAUCAAAUGCACACCUAAUUCUCGAAAGCACCAAAGAAGCCUUCGGGGUCGAUGCUGAAGAUAAGGAGCCGGCUCCUCAUGUAGUGGUGUUUUCUACAUUUGACCAAGCUGGUAUCGAACGGGCCGGUCAAAAUUGGAGCACAUUCCUUCAACGUCAGCAACAGGCCGAGCAGGAUAUUCCACUGAAAGAUCUAGCCCAUACAAUGCUGACACGCCGAUCGCAGUUGGGCUUCCGCAGCUUCGCAGUUGCUAACUCACAAGACCAGCUGCAGAGCAUCUUAGACAAGGGACUCCCCAAGUUUUCUCGAGCUAGUCGCAAAGCCCAAGCAAGGCUUGCCUUUGUGUUCACAGGUCAGGGUGGCCAGUGGGCUGGAAUGGGCCGGGAGCUUUUGAGGAUUUCCACUUUCCGGGAAAGCAUAGAACGAUCACAAGACAUUCUUUCGUCCCUGGGAUGUCCCUUUGAUAUGGUGAAGGAGAUAAAGGCAGAGGCAAAAGACAGUCAAAUCAAUCGACCCGAUCGCAGUCAGCCUAUCACCUGCGCGUUGCAGAUUGCUUUGGUUGAUCUUUUGGCCAGUUGGUCGGUUUAUCCCAACGCGGUUGUUGGUCACUCUAGUGGUGAAAUUGCCGCUGGAUAUGCUGCUGGAUAUCUCUCCCACGCAGACGCUAUGCGAGUCGCAUGGUUCCGCGGUUUCUUUUCACAACAGAUCGCCCAGAGCGACAGACGAGGUGGUAUGCUCGCUACUGGUAUUUCUGCGGCUGAGGCACAGAAAUAUCUCAAGGAGCUGCCCCCACGUUCAGUUGUGGUUGCCUGCGUCAAUAGUCCUGCCAGUACCACCCUUUCGGGUGACGUGGACUUCAUUGAUCAACUUGAAACUAUGUUACAAAAGGAUGGUCACUUCGCCCGGAAAUUGCGCAUUGAUACAGCUUAUCAUUCCCCUCACAUGGAGGAUCUCGUUGAGGUGGUAGGCAAUGCCAUCAAUUGUAUCAAGCCGGAAGAUCGAUACAACGACUCGAUCCCCAUGCUUUCGUCGGUCACAAAAGAGCGCGUCUAUUCCGCCGAUCUUGGUGGAUCAUACUGGGUGCGCAACAUGGUCAGCUCAGUUGAGUUUACUGCCGCAGUGUCACAGCUCGCAAACCUGAGCGAGUCUAUCAAGUCUCGCAGACGCCCGGUUCCAAUCAAAUGGACUGCAUUGGUUGAGAUCGGUCCACACGCCGUCUUGAAAGGACCUGUGACUCAAAUUCUGCAGUCUGUCAACGCAAAUAUCGCAUCAUUGCCUUACCAUUCACUGGUUUCGAGGAACCAACAUGCUUUGCGAACAGCGUUAGAAGUUGCUGGGUCCCUUUGGAGCACAGGACAUACAGUAGACCUUGCCGCAGUCAACAGCAGUGUCGAUACUACAAGCCCAAAAAUGAUUGCUGAUUUGCCUUCUUAUCCCUGGAAUCACCAAACGUCCUUCUGGCACGAGCCGUUGGAGACAGCGCAAUUGAGACAACGCAAACAUCCCCGUCAUGAUAUUUUGGGAGCUGCCGUGGAUUACCAAAAUGCUUUGGAGCCACGAUGGAGAAACUUCCUUCGACUCUCAGAGAAUCCAUGGAUGGCCGAUCAUGUUGUCGCCGGAUCGAUUGUAUUCCCAGCCGCAGGCAUGUUGGUGAUGGCUACGGAGGCAGCCCGGCAACUAGCUGAUGGCCAGGCCAACAUCAAGGGUAUAGAAUUCCAAGAUCUUCAUUUCAUGCGAGGAGUGGUUAUUCCCGACGAGGAACGAGGCUUGGAAACUCUCCUUCAGGUGUCACCUCAUCCAGGGAUGCCGGGUUGGUAUCAAUUCGGAAUUUUCUCACUUCCCUCCGGGGGUGCCUGGAUUCAACACGCGAAGGGUGCAUUCAUUACGCGAUACGAGGACCGAGAUGAUGAUGAGCAUAACUCAAACUGGGAAGCAGCCUUGGAGCGCAUCAAGAAUACCCAAACAGUCGCCAAAAUGGCUGAUGUUAGGCAAGCACGUGAAUGGUUGUCUAACACAGGAGGACUCACAGUAGGACCGGCCUUCCAGACAAUCACUGGUGUUUCCUUCUGCGAUUCAGAGUCUCGUCUCUGGCUAUCCGGGGUGGUAACAGACACAAAACAAUCAAUGCCCUUCGAAAAGGAGUCAUCCAGUUUUAUCCAUCCUACAACUCUUGAUUGCCUCUUCCAGUCUGCCCUCUUGUCUUGCUCCGAUGCGCUCUCCAGCAACAACGCGAAUAUCCCUAUCGGAGUGGACAAUAUCUACAUCUCCAAUAAUUUCCAACCCACGCCAGGUGAGCAGUUUGUCGUCCACACAGAGACUAAGUGGCGAGAUGGAAAAUCGCGAUCCCACUGUGUCGCGUCGGACCCCUCCUGGUCACAGCCCUGGAUCACAUUCGAAGGUGUUCAUCUCGGUCGCCUUCCCUUCAACCCAAACUCUCAAAAGCAAGAGGAAGCAUCCUCGGAGAGCCGAUAUUCGUCGAUUGUUUGGGAUGAACACUUGGAGUCGCCGCUUGUCACUAGCCAAAUCCAUAACGGAAACAAGAAGAUGGCCGUGCAAGCCAGCAGUCUCCAGCUGACAGACUGGAUCAAGAGACUGUGCCAUACCAACGGGGAUGCCAAGGCACUGAUAACUACUUCGGACACAUCAAACUCUUGGAUCGAAAAUCUCCAAGAGCUGAUUCCAAGCGCCGGAAAGCGACCUUGCCUAGGAAAGGUCACUAUCGCUUCAUGGGGCCCCGAGAAUCAAGUGGACGGCAUCACUCCCGCAGAGAACAGUAUCCCAGGUACUCACCUGAUGCCCCUAGCUACUCUCAGCGAACUUCCAUCUUCCUCGCUCACUCAGGAUAAAUAUGACUUGGUGGUGAUCGAUGAACCCAAGCUGUGGGAGGACAAAGUGACUCAGGUUAUUCUGUCGUGCCUGCCUAGCAUUCUUGAACACGGAGGCUUGGCAGCAAUGCGCGUGUCAGAUACCGAUUUGGACUCAGCAGUGGAGAAGUUACAGCGAUUCGACGGCCUCGAGAUACACAGCACGACCGAGGAUCGCAAGUUUAUCAUCGUGCGCAGGACGCCAGUCUCAUGGACAACAGACUCUGAGAUCUACGUUUUGAGUCCAGCAGACAAUUCCAACUCAUUCCCUGUCUUUGAGCACCUGGAGAAGAUCUUUGCCACCCAUAACGUUCGCCUCGUGCCUGUUGGAUUGGAACAGGUGGCCACACUAGCAGGUAAGACUGUGAUUUCGUUGCUUGACUUGGCAAGUCCCUGGGUAUCCGACUGGACGGAAAGUGAUCUGGAACGUCUCAAAGAGCUGAUCCGAGUUCAAUACGUUCUUUGGGUGUCGCCUUCCUGGAGCCAAGGGGCUGUUGAGAAUAUUGGAUCCGGUGCAACGGGCGGCCUUUUGCGAACACUACGCAAUGAGCAGUGGAGCACUACCAUCCCACACCUAUUGGUGGAUGUCGAAGAUUUGGAAGACCAAUUCGGACUAGCUUGUGGCAUUCUACAAGUCAUGCAGCUCACGACGCAAGAGAAUUCACGUCGGCCAGACUUGGAGUAUCGUCUGGCAAACGGACGGCUGCUAGUUCCACGGGUCCUCGAGACCCCAGCGGUGGAUGUGGCCAUGCACACUCUGGUGAACGGCCCCAGGCCUGUAAUGGGGGACCUGAAACUUGAUCCAAGGCCUCUCGAAUUGAAGUUCCAGGACGCAGAUAAUGCACGCUGGGAAGAACAACAGCUCGAAGAGCAACUUCGGCCAGACCACACUGAGAUCAAGGUUGAAAUGGCCACUAUCUUUGAUCUACAAGGGGAUCAGGGGAAGACACCAGAGACAGCUCUUCCAAUGUUCGAAAUUGUUGGAAAGGUAACUCGUAUCGGAUCUGAUGUGCACGACUCGUCUGUUGGCGAUAAAGUGCUAACCCUAGCAUCGACAAACUCGGGACUCUCGACAACAAUGCGGGUUUUGGAAAGUGAUACUAUCAGAAUUCCUGCAAACACCGACCCUUCAAAGGCGAUAUCAACUCCUCUCGCGUACCUCAACGCUUAUCAAAUCCUCACCCAAGUCGGUCGCCUCAGCUCAAGUUCCUCGGUGCUUUUGGUUGGGUCAAUCAGUCAAACUCUCCAGGCCAUGAUAGAUUAUGCCCUUGCCAUGAAAAUUCAAGUCAUCGUGGCAACUGAUUCUCCAGAUACCACCGAGAGUCUUCGCUCUCGCUACCCAGCAUUGGCAGAUCGAAUCCUGGGCGUUCACGGUAGCCUGGAAACGAGCGUGUCCAGGCUGACCAAUGGAUGUGGAGUGGACGCCAGCAUUUGCUUCCUUGGCGGGUAUGCGGGUCGGAAUGCUGCAAGGUGUCUGGUCCAAGGUGGACAGUACAUUAAUCUGUCUAGCGAGAUGAAGCUGAGUGCUCUUCCAGAAAGCUUCAUCGACAGUGGCUGCACGUUCUCUUCUCCAAGACUGCAGAAAAUAUUCUCGGAGAAGCCCGGUAAUCUCCAUGCUUCAGUUCGGCAUGUGAUUGACUUCAUGAAGCAGCAUCGGAUGUUGGACCGUGUGGAAUCAUAUUCCAUUUUCCCUGUUUCUGAUGUUCAAGGAGCUUUAAAGCAUUGCAAAGCGAACAACACCCGAGCUAUCGUGGACCUUCGGGCUCCUGGGAGAGUCCCCAUUGUGCUGCCACUGCCAGAUCUUACUGGCUUGCCAGCGGAAGGUACAUAUAUCCUAGCAGGUGGGUUGGGCAAUCUAGGCCUUGCGCUUGCCGAUACCUUAGUGCAGUCUGGGGCUCGCCAUUUGGUUUUCCUUGGAAGAUCUGGCGGGGCACAACCUAGCCAGCAGGUAGCCCUUGAUCUUCUUCGCGAUCGCGGGUGCUGCAUAGAUGUGCUACGUUGUGAUAUCUCCCAACCGGGAGACAUUGACCACUUGUCAUACAAGAUCCGCAGCAAAAACUGGACUGUCGCAGGCGUGAUUCAGUGUACAACCGUUCUGAAGGACGCAAUGUUCGAGAAGAUGACUUUUGAUGAUUGGACCCAAUCCACACAGUCCAAGAUCCGCGGAACACUGAACUUGCACCAUCUGUUUUCGGAGAAGGAAGGCUUGACUUUCUUCGUGGCGUUGUCUUCCGUGGCCAGUGUCAUUGGUAAUAUGGGACAGGCUAACUAUUCUGCGGGCAAUGGUUUCAUUGAUGCUCUCAUGGAAUGGCGACGCAAUCAUGGUCUUCCAGGUCAUUCUAUCAAUAUCGGCCUCGUGCCAGAUGCCAGUGGACUCAGUGACAUUUCCGAAGACGAAGAGCAACGCCGCCGCCGAUACAAACAUCUUGAGGGCACAGAAAUCAUGACCCAUGAGCUCCAGACCUUGCUUAGAGUGAUCAUUAACAGCAAGCUUCCCCUUCCGUCUCAGAUCAUUGCUGGCAUGACCGACUCCCUGUCUCGCAGCAAUGCCUCUACUGGCUGGGUUCUCGAUCGAAAGUUUGAUCACCGGCUUCGUCUCGCUGUCGAGGAUACGAAGGAUUCUAUUCAGACCAGCACCUUACUUAAGGAGUCUGGUUCCAUCGACGCUGCAACUGAGAUUGUUCUUAACACUCUGAGUGAAUAUCUAGCAGAUGCAAUGGCUACAACCGCUGAUGCUAUCGACUCAGAUCUACCGUUGUCCGCUUUGGGUGUUGAUUCCCUCAAAGCUACAGCCGUCCAAAACUGGGUCUCUCGUGAACUGGGGGCAGAACUGUCCUCUUUCGAAUUUCUUGGCUCGCAACCUACCAAGGCGUUAGCUAGGAAAAUUGCUUCGACUAGUUCAUUUGUCUCAGUGCCGAGCUGAAGAACUGUCUGAUAAUCCAUACUGAGAAUGGUUUAGCUUAAGACGACCUUUUACUCAACCAUCGGAGUUUCUUGUUU